AUGACCGAUACAACCGUCGAUUCUCCAACUUCAUCUCGGGUUCAAGUGGCUGACCCAAUAGUCAUUGAGUCCGACCCAAAACCUACCUCCGGCGAGAUACGAACACCGAUCAUUGAGUCCGACCCAAAACCUACCUCCGGCGAGAUACGAACACCGAUCUUCUCCGGGGAGAACUACGAUUUUUGGCGGAUCAAGAUGUGGAUGAUAUUCAUAGCGCAUGACCUUUGGAAGCUGAUGGAGAAAGGUUUCGAGGUGCCAGAAGACAAAGAAUCUCUCACCCCGGCAGAGCAGAAGACAUUAAAGAUCAACUACAUGAGGGAUGCCAAAGCCCUCGGGUUGAUCCAAAAUGUCGUCUCCAACUCCAUCUUCCCUAUGAUCUCCAACGAGGAGAUAGCAACGGUGACGUGGGACAUCCUCCAAGAAGAGCACCGUGGAAGUGAAAAGGUACAGGCGGUUAAGCUUCAAACUAUUAGAAAAGAGUUUGAGCAAAUCUCUAUGAGAGUAGAAGAAAGACUCGAUGAUUUUCUUACUAGAUUCACCAAUGUUAUAAAUCAAUUAAAAACAUAUGGUGAAGAUGUAACAAAACAAAGAGUAGUUAAAAUAAUUCUUAUUUCUCUCUCUAGUAGAUAUGACCCAAUUGUAAGUGUGAUAGAAGAAACAAAAGAUAUGGAGAAGCUUUCACUACAAGAGGCAAUCGCAUCCAUCAAGGCGUUUGACCAAAAUCUUGAGAAGAGGAAUGAAGCUUCUACCAUGGAGAGAGCCUUAAAAAGCUUCAACAUGAGCUCAAAUCAACAAAAAACAUGCGGCAAGUCUCAUCAAGGGAAGUGCUGGUUCGAGGGGAAGCCCAAGUGCACCAACUGCUCCAGAUUUGGAAGUGCUGGUUCGAGGGGAAGCCCAAGUGCACCAACUGCUCCAGAUUUGGGCAUACCAAAGAGCAGUGCAGGACUCAAGGACUGCUCCAGAUUUGGGCAUACCAAAGAGCAGUGCAGGACUCAAGGAAAUCAAAACCAAAACUGCCGGCAAGUCUUUGUAAACCAAGAAGAGGACGGCGAAGGUAAUGUUUUCUUUGCUUGUCAUGGAGGAAAAGAUAGUGAUGUUAGUCUUUGGUAUAUUGGCUGUAGUAACCACAUGACUGCAAAACGGUCACUGUUGAUAGACUUUGACACAUCCUAUCUUGGUAGUGUUAAGAUGGGAAAUGAGAAUAUUGUAAAAUCUGAAGGAAAGGGUAUCUUGGCUGUAAAUACAAAGAAAGGAAAAAGAUACAUCAAGGAUGUAAUGCUUGUACCAGGUCUAGAGGAAAAUCUGUUAAGUGUAGGUCAAAUGCUCCUUAACGGUUAUUUUCUAGUUUUUGGUGAUCAAGCAGUGAAGAUCUAUUAUGAUAGGAGUUUUAACAACUUGGUGGCCAAAGUCAAGAUGUAA